AUGACCUCCUCCCCUGAGGUUGGGGGUUUGAAUCGAAGUGGCAUUCACUCUGGACCUUCUCGGAAUCAUGGAUUAGGAGGCCAGGAUGUCAUUCAGAGUGUUCAGAAUCUCUUGGGUAGUUUUGCUAGUGGUGGUAAUUUUCAAUCCUUUCCAUCCAACUUCCAAAACCCAACUCGACCUUCACCACCAGCUCAAAUGCCAGAUGUGAAACCGUUUGCGAAUAUUCCCCCACCUUCACCACAUAUCACUCGACCGGCUCUCAUCGUGGCAUCCUCUGCCAGUCCAUCCAUCGGAACCGGAGGAUUAUCGGCUUUACGGUUAGAGCCACCAAAGCGACUUUAUGAUAUUGAGAGAUUACCUAUUGGGAUACCUGCACGGGAUGAACUGUUGAGAACAUCACUAAGGAAUUUGGUGUUGUUGCAAGGUGAUCCUCAAAUCAUCACUAAACAAAGAGUUGAAACUGCCAUACGUGUCAUCGUCGAUUUACUUCGUGUCAUACCUCGUUCUCCCAACACACCAUCUCUUCCACCAGACUUGGUCUGUCUUUUGCCCCCAGAUUCAGGCGGCGGCUUGGUUUGCGCCAUUGAACGAAUCGGUACAUUCACAGCGAUACGGAUGCAAACGGGCACAACGACGAAAUUGAGCUCCAAAAAACAACUUCAAGCAGGUCCGACAUCAAUAGAGCAAGUGAUAUAUCUCGAAACUGCUGUAUAUACCAGUGGAGACAAUCCAAGAAGGGUUUACCCCUGUAAACGUUGUCGAGCACGAGAAGCACGAAGGAGAGAGACUAAAGAGGCUACCAGACGAAAACGAGGUCAUGCGGAUUCAGAAGCCUUUUCCAACAAAUCUUCCCAACCUAGAACAAGCGCUCCUCCCCCUUCCACCGAUUUUGUCACCGGAGAGAAUCCUGACGACUACGACCCUCACAAACAUGAUCAAAUAGUGGAGGAACCACCUUGGGAUCCGACGAAACCGGAUUGGAGACAUGAGAUGGUUCUUUUCAACACACCUCCGGAAUUACCUAUCAAAGAUGGUAGUGUGUCAUGGUUGCCUUUGAGGGUGGUUUGCUAUGGUAAAUGUCAUGGUGACAAGAGUGGUUUCAGUGUCCACUUCACUUUCCGUCUCCCAGAUGGAAGUAUCAUCGCAAGGGAGGCCAUGAACCCCAUACGUAUCACCGAUGACCAUAAAACUGAUGUCAAACCCAAAGGCAAAGAAAACAUGGGAACAUCCGUUACUCGAGGUCACCGAGGACGUACGAGUAUCGCCUCUUCUUCCCGUCGACAAUCAUCCGUUGCGGCUUCCGAAGCUGAAAGCUUACAAUCCGAAGCUGGUCCUCAUAUUCGACAACCUCCACCAGUCCGGACGGGAAGACCAUAUGAACGACCUAAAAAAGAACCAUCGUCAAAUACUCAUCUACCCCUCACUGCUGACAUGGCAGCGUAUCGUCAACAUAGAUCUGGGUCGUCCAUUUCCAGCGUUCCAUCCAUGUCUCCAAUGUCAGCUCCCAGCGAUGGACAAGAAUCAUGGCCUCACCCGUCGAUGGAUUGGCAAGGUCGUGUUUCCGACACACAUAUACCGAGCACCAUCAGCCCGGGUGCAUUACGUCGACCGACUUUCGAAAAUCAUCUGAUGAUGAACGAACCUUCGCCUAUCAGUCCGAACAGUAUUCCAAGUCAUUCUUCCAACCUCAGUCCUCUUUCUCAUCAUGACGAGCUCUCCAUGAUCCGUGACCACUUACAAUCUCCGACAUCUCUUGUCUCGGCAUUGGCAUAUGCUCAACUUAACGAAGUUCAAGCAUCCCCACAUCACCCGACGACACCAUUGAUGAUGGGAGAUCAAGGUGGUAAUAUACUCGGCCUUAAUGCGUAUAAUGACGCUUUGGGCAGUUCAUCAAGAAAUAAUUCCAUGACUAGUUUUGCAGAUGAUGCUUCUUCUUUCUCACAGCCGUUGUUUGAAGGAUCAGUUUAUAGUCAAAGUGGUUUACCACCAAACGAUGAUUCCAUGUUCAGUCAAACUUCCGACUCCCAAAGUCAUAAUAUGGAACAGUUCCUCGAUUAUUCCGGCGGUGACGAUCAACAGAUACUUCAACAACCAUUCCCUACUUCACCUUUACAACCUCAAUCUAAUCAAGCUCCUUUAUCAUUCGACAUGGCUAAUUUCUUCAAUCCUCCGGUUGGCGGAUCGCAUGUUGGUCAUGGCAUGUCAUCUGUAAGUAUACCACAGAACGUAGAUGUUCAACGAUUACUCGAGGCUCUGCAACGUCAACAACCUCUUCCACCAGUUAUCACACGUGUCGUUCCCGCAGAAGGUCCAAUGACGGGUGGUAGUCUUGUUGCCAUAGGUGGACACAGGUUGAAUCAUCAGACAAAGAUUAUGUUUGGCGAUCGUCCAGCGGAAACACAAUUUGACGGAACUAUCGGCUUUCUCACUUGUAUAUCUCCUCCCAGCUCCAGGCCCGGUCCAGUGGAUGUCACGGUGGUAGGAGUACCGCCAGCUCCAGGGACGGAAGCUCCAAAGUUCGUUUAUAGAGGUUUGGAGCCAGAAUUUACGAGAUUGGCGUUACAAGUGCAAGAAAAGCAACAAAUGUUUUUCAACGCUUCCAAUGGGCAAUUCAACUGGUCCGGUACGCUCACGCAAAAUGCCAAUGGACAGUCAAACAUGGGUCAAGGUCAAGGAAUGUCAUACUCUUCGUCAAACCAUCAACACAAUGUGUCGACGGACGUCGAUCAACCAAUGUCGACCAAAAAUAAUGGUGUGGUGAUCGAUCACGAGGUUAAGCCAAGCGAAAAACAAGAACCGGAUUUGCAAACUACCAUCUUUGAAUUUCUUCAAUCUCUCAAUCACAAACUCCCCGGAUCUCUUCGCUCAUCAGACGCCAUCAACACUCUCAAUGAAUCCCGACAAAGUCUCUCACAUCUAGCCGCUUCGGCGGGAUUCUCACAUUUACUCAACGAGGUAUUAUCCUACGGCGCAGAAGUGGACAUACAAGAUAUACACGGUUUCACCCCUCUGUCAUAUGCCGCUUACGGUGGUCAUAUUGAAUGUGUUCGACUUCUCAUCAACGCUAAAGCAUCUUAUGACCAACCGACUUUACUAGGAGAGAUGCCAUUGGAUCUUGCUCAAUUACGUGAACAUGACGAUGUCAUUCAACUUUUGGUUUCUGAAGUUUGGCAAUCUUCCUCCGAACCUAUCACUCGACCUGAGAUCCCCGACAUUGAUCUAUUAGCGACGAUCGAUGAUCAUUUGAACGAAAGGCACAUCGAGUCCGAUGACCAUUCUGAUAUCAGCGAAGAAUUGGAAAUUAUUCAACCUAAACCAUUCAAGCAUGACCACCUUGACCCUAUGGAUGAAAUACUUGUCAAUAGAUCUCCACCGACAAGACGGAACAAAUCAAUAUAUUCACCUAAACAUAUCCGAACUCCUUCACCUGAUCAUCCACCACCACCUCCAUACGCAUCACCCAUUCAUACACCUAUAAACUUACCUCGAUCACAUCAAACUACAUCAAAAGAAGAAAAUCGAAAUGGAUGGUUUAAUUGGAAACUUUCCACUAUUUCCAUCCCAUCACCACCUUCAUCUCAUAUUCGAUUACCUAUCCCUAAUCUGUUCGGUGUGAUAGAUAACAAAUCAUCGGAUGGAGAAGAAUCUGGAGCUUUUAAAUGGAUUCCAAUCCCACUUCCAUCUUGGGAGGCUAGACAUGGUUUACCUUCUUCGGAAGAAUUGAAAAUGUAUUCUCAAUCUUGGGCUGUGGUGUUGGUUUCUCUUGUUUCACCUCCUUCUCCAGAAGGUAGAAGAUCGGAUUUGGAAGGGGAUGAUGUAGUUGGAUCAGGGACGACUGGAGGGAAGGGGAAAGUGAGACAUACUAAGAAGACCGAUAUCAUGUUAUGGAUAUUCUGGUUACCCGUUUUAUGCUUUUUCGGAUUUUGGGUCUUAAUCACCGCUCUACCAAUCGUUACCACCGUCGGAUUGUUAUAUUUCCGACAAGUUUACAAGGCUCUAAAACAGCGAGUGUAG